AUGUCGAUGCCAGACUCGAAUCCGGAUCUGCAGCCCAGGAAGCAGCAGUCGAGCAAUGCCGGCAACCCGUUUGUCUGCAACAUCUGUCGCAAGACCUACGGACGCAUCGAUCACCUCGCUAGGCACUUUCGUAGCCACACCAACGAAAAGCCCUUCAAAUGCACUGAAUGCGGCAAGACGUUCGCUCGAGCAGACUUGCUGAAACGCCAUGCCACUCUCCACAUUGCGACUGAAGAGUCCGGCAAGAAGCGCAAGAUCCGAGCCUCUCAGGCCUGCUCCGCUUGCGCAACGAUCAAGGUGAAGUGUGAUCAAGUCAAGCCUUGCAAACGAUGUCGAGCCAAGGGUUUAGAAUGCCGCGUCGACGCUGGUGACGCGACUGCCAGUCGAGCAGUAGAUCGUGUGUCUCCAGUCACUCGCUGGACUUCGUCGCCAGGGCAGUCGCAAGCGACUCCGCCGCCUGCAUAUAGCUCGGCCCCUGCCCAGCCUACAUACCGAGACCCUACUACUGCUCCUACGUUUGAAGGCGACAGAGCCGCACCAAGGCCGAAUAUACCUGGUCCGAAUCUCAGCCUUGAAGCGAAUCAAGACCACUCUCUUAUCGACUUCCUGAGCUCCGUUGUUCAACCUGGAGAUCCUAUGCACCUUCCUACGCACCCACAAUCGCAGCAAAAUUGGGCGCAGGACUACCAUAGUCGUGACCUCAUGGAUUUUGGCCAGGACUUGAACAUAAAUUUUGGCGACCUUGAUGCCGUACUGAAAGGUGAAUGGGGAGGAUGGUUGGAUCCGUCCCUCGUUCCACAGCCAUUCGAAAGACCUUCCGAGCCCUCUCAGAUGUCCGAAGUCAGCACGCCUUCGAUCGAAGAUAGCAUCAACCUCAGCGUUGCGGCAUAUUCUCGUUCAGCAUGGAGAUGGAUCCCGAAUCAUGAAAAAGGCAAUCAGGAUCACAUUCUAGCCUCUGUGUUGAUGGACAGUCGUGGGCCCGAUGGUAAGCUACCAAAACCCAAGCAGAUCGCCCUCAUAGCCCCUCUGGAGUCGCGAGAACGAGAUCGUAUUGUGGCACUCUUGCUCGCCGAAAGCGACAAAGUCAACUAUCAAAAGAUCGUCGCGCUCUUCCCGUCUACGAGAGUCCUAGACGUCUUCCUCAACGACUUUCUGCUAGUGAUGGAGCACAGCAUCGACAGCUGGAUACACCUCCCGACUUUCAAGCCCUCCGAAUCGAUACCCGAAUGUCUUACCUUGAUGAUCGCAUCCGGCGCCAUCCUUGGGAGAUCAAGUCAUGCGCAGCGCUUUGGUUACGCUCUAUACGAAAAGGCGCGCGUGGCGCUGCAUGAGAUGUUUGAAGCAGACAGCAACAAUACGCGUAAAUUAGCGGCCCUGCAGACAUAUGCGCUUGCACUUGGCAUUGGAACUUGGAGUGGUGAUAAAAGGAUCAUGGAGCUAGCGGAAGGAUCAGCACUGCCGCUCAUCACAAUGCUUCGCAGAGCUGGCAGAUUCAGAAGGUCGAGAAGGCCGACGGAACAUCCCUUACCCACGGAUACGCCUGAGCAGCUGGAGCGCAAGUGGCGUGACUGGGUAGAGGCGGAAUCGUUCAAGAGGCUCGCUUACCACCUGUUCUUGCACAGCGUACAGCUUUCCGUGGCUUUUCAAACACCGCCGUUGCUGGCCUACUCAGAAGUCACUUUGGAGCUGCCCGCGCCAACAGCACUCUGGCGAGCCCAGAAUCCCGAAGAGUGGCGCGAUCAAUACUACGCACGUCGCUUUGGAGCCGUUCACAUUUCGUCCUUCGUUUCGAGCAUGUGUGAUGCUUCUACUCUCGGCUCAGUCAAGAGUCAAAUUGACCUCGAGCUCAGCCUCUAUCUGGUGUUGAUGAGUCAUUUCUGCCUUGCAUGGGAGUACACACAGAUCAGCUCAGCGAACAAGGCACAAAGCAGGGAGAUCCCUUGGGCUGGUACCAAUCUUGCAGCCUCAAAAAGUCACGAGAUAACCAGACUUAUGGACUCAUUCUACGUGGCGAUCGAGAGCUGGGAAGUAUUUGUGCCGAAGGAGGUUCACAUGGUAUCCCAACUGCUUCGCAUCAACUUGUGCGUGGCCUUCGAGGAUCUACAGCUGCUUGCUGGGAAGGAAGGAGAGGACGAGGCUCGAAGGGUAAUGCCGGCUCUGAAGCAAUGGUUCCAAUCGCCUGCUUGCCGACAAGCUGUUUGGCACGCUGGUCAGGUACUCAGAGCUGCGCGUAGACCGGCUGGCUUGAGCCCCAACGCAUCUUCAGUUGGUGCGCCAGACACUCCUUGGCUGCGGGACUUCAACGCGGUUGUGCUAUAUCAUGCCGGCUUGACCUUCUGGGUGUAUGGCGUGCUUGCGAAAGCCGUUGCUCUUGAGCAACGACAUGGGGCCUACUCUACGCGGACUGGACAGCAAGGGCAGGUGCAUGUCGAUUGCGGCCCUCCCAUUGAUUAUGAAGGCCAGCUCGUCCACCUUGAUGGCAAUGACGAGGAGCUGACGGCCGUCGAACGACACCAAUUCAUCAAUCUCAACAAGGGCCGGGCUGUGAUCUCAGCGCAUUCAACUUUCCCUCGCGGCUCAAUCGCGAAAGUGAAUGCAAGUCAAAGAAGCCCAAUGCUCAAUGCUGUCGAUCGAAAUCCAGAGACAGCAGCUGCGCUCAGGCAGCGCGAGGUUGUGCCUCUCGAUGAGCCGAAAAGGGCUAUGGAUGCCAUCAUCGAAGCCCUCACUCCAGCAAGCAGUCCACCAGAUUCAAGAGGCUCGCAAGCUCCUCCCAGACCGCAGCGACCUGCAAUGGUGGAGAAUUUGAUUCAGCUGCUGCGAGAUUUGGGUGAAGCUGCCUCGGCGGUGUGAACGCGUGUUCAGAUGACAUGAGAUAAUGUGGGAAGAUAGGACCAGAAUGAGCCCCAGUAUGAACACAAGUUACGCUCGCACGAACAUUUCAGCCUCGUCGCCCUCAAUCUUGGGCAGACGUUGUUUGGAAAGCAUCUUGCCCAAGGUCGUGGCGGCAACCACGACUUCUGUCCGCACGCGGCGGAAUUGAUACCGCACUCCACCUUCCUUGCGAAGCCACAUCUGCUGGAUUGCGGAACCAUGAGGAAUCACGUCCGCGACGGAAAGUGUUCAAGUACUCGAGCUCUCCGCAUAGAGCGGCUGCCACAGCUACACGCCCGCCAGCAAUGAGAUGGCCCUAUAAGGUCGCAGUGUAGGUAAGCUUCACAAAGAGAGCUCACUUCGACCUCUCCUCGCAGAAGCAGCACGAGCAGG